AUGGGGCCCGGAGAGGAGGGCAAAAAGCGCAAGCGACAAAAGAAGAACAAAUCCGCAGCGGCCGGUGGCGCGCCGUCUCCCAACGGCGCGGCGGCGCUUGCGCCUGCAGCGGCGGCGCCGCCGCCGCACCAGCAGCCGGGCACCAAGCGGCCCUUGAAAGGGGAGCCUGUGGGACAGAGCGCCCCCAAGAAGUUUAAGCAGCAGCCACAGCAGCAGCAGAAGCAGAAGCAGCAGCAGCAGCAACCGUUGAAAAGGCCGUCCCCUGCCGAUGACAGCGAAGAGGAGGAGGAGGAGGAGGAGGGCGGCAGCGGCAGCGACGACGGCGCCUUUGUGCCUUGUGACGGCCGCAGUGGCGGCGCCCUCGGCGGCGGCAGCAGCGGCGACGAGGGCUUGAGCGGCAGCGAAGAAGAAGAUGAGGAUGAGGAGGGGGACGAGGGCGGCAGCGGCAGCGGGGACGAGGACGGCGGCAGCGACGAGCCGAUGAGCGGCAGCGAAGGGGACGAUGAGGACGCGGAGAACGGCGGCGGCGGCGGCGACGACGAGGGGCGGCCCGCGGCGGCAAAGGCGGGGAAGAAGGGGCCCUUGUCUCUGGAAGUUGAGCGGGCGGUCGCGUCCGUGGCCGGCAUCAUGAGCGAGGCGCCGUUCUCGGGGCUCGAGCUGUCCGACCCGACACGCAGGGCGAUCGACGAGAUGGGGUUCACGGUGAUGACGGAGGUGCAGGCGCGCACGAUCCCCGCGCUGCUGACGGGGCGCGACGUGCUGGGGGCGGCGCGGACGGGCAGCGGGAAGACGCUCGCGUUCCUCAUCCCAGCCGCGGAGCUGCUGCAGCGCGCCAAGUUCAUGCCCAGGAACGGCACGGGGGCCAUCGUCAUUGCGCCGACGCGCGAGUUGGCGCUGCAGAUUUAUGGUGUGGCGCGUGACCUGAUGAAGCAUCACAGCCAGACGCACGGCCUGGUCAUGGGGGGCGCCAACCGCCGCGGCGAGGCCGAGCGGCUGGUCAAGGGCGUCAGCCUGCUGGUGGCCACCCCGGGGCGGCUGCUGGACCACCUGCAGAACACAAAGGGCUUCGUAGUGCGCAACCUGGCGUGCCUCGUAAUCGACGAGGCGGACCGCAUCCUGGAGAUUGGUUUUGAGGAGGAGAUGCGCCAGAUCAUCAAGCUGCUGCCGCGUGAGCGCCAGACCAUGCUCUUCAGCGCAACACAGACCACAAAGGUGGAGGACCUAGCGCGGCUGUCGUUCAAGCACAAGCCGUUGUAUGUCGGCGUUGACGACAGCCGCGCCGUGUCCACGCGCGAGGGCCUGGAGCAGGGGUACUGCGUCGUGCCCGGGGACAAGCGGCUCAUGCUGCUCUUCACCUUCCUCAAAAAGAACGCCAACAAGAAG